AUGAUACAAAAUAAACUCUCGAAACUCAAAGAAACCUUUGAUAAGUUAAAAAAUUAUGCUUAUAGCUUUAAUACAAUGCAAUUAGAAAAAGGUACAUUAUAGGAAUUUUCAUGUGAGUUAUUUGUAAAUUCAUUCUUAAUUUCAUAUGGAUGUGGUAAAAGUAUAAAAAUUGCAAAAUAAUAAUGUGCUGAUUUAGGAUAUGAUGAAUUAAUGAAAAAGGAUUGGGAAUUUGCUGAAAAAAAUUAUUUUAUUGCUCCAAAAGAAGAUCACUAUCAAAAUCUCCUGAAUAUAAUAUAAAAAAUAAAAUCUGAACUUCAUAUUAAUGGAGAAUUAGAAGAAUCAAUUAAUGAAAAUGAUAAUUAUAAGUAAUGCCAUUUAGAGUUUGAUAAUCUCAAGGGUGAGGGAUUUAGCUUUAUAGAAAAUAAUGCUAGAAAAACUAGUGCUUAUAAUUUAAUCUAGGCAAUUAUUGAGAAAUAUAGUAAUUUGUAACACCAUGAUAUUAUUAAAUAUUAUUAAUAGAAUUACUUUAAUAAACAAUCUGUUUAUGUUUAACAAGAAUCUUAAAAAAAAGUGAAAAUAGAAUAUAAUGAUAAACUCUAUUAAAAUAAUCAUAUAAGGAUUUAGAAUAAUAUAUAAAAUCAUCAGAUUCAACUUUAAGUUACUUAACCUAAAAUUGAGAUUCAAGAAAUUAUUUAGGAUAAAACUUAAAUCAAUGAAAAUAGCACACUCUGUUUUUAAUUAGCAAAAUAACUUUAAUUAAAUAAUGAAUCAUCUUUUAUCUUUUUAACAUUCAUAUAACAAUUAAGUUAAUUUAAUUUCCAAAUUACUGGAUCAUUUAUUUCUAAAUCAGUUAGAAUUACUAAACCAGAAUUAGAUAUAAUUUUAGAAAUUCCUGACCAACAUGAGAAUAAGUUUUAAUAAUUUUUAAAUGAUUCUGAAACAGAUUUUAGAAUGCAAAAAGAAAAUAAUAUCAUUAUUUUAUCAUAUACUGGUUAGCCAAUAUAAACUAGAUUAAAAAUUUAAGUACCACCUCUUAAGAUUAAAUUAUUUUGCUACAAAAGUCUUAUUGAUGAAUAACUAUUAUUACAUUAAAAAGAGAUGAAUUAAUACAGUUAAAAAUAUGAUUAGUUAUAUUUUUCUUCAUUAUCUUUAUGUCUUGUACAUUAAUGGAGAGAUGAUAAUUUAGAAGUGUUACCAAAAUAAGUAUAAUAUAGUCACAAUAAUAUUUUAGCUUUUAGAUUAUUUAGUAAUUUAAACAACUAAUCAAUUCAAUUAUUUAAAUUCACCAUAUCAAGUUUUAUGUUAAAUAAUUUACCUAUUAAAAAUGGGAGUUUUAGAUGAAUUAAGUUAGAGAAACUUGAAUGAAAAAGAGUUGAAUCCAUUUUUAUAAUCAGUUAGUCCUUAUUACUUAGAGUUAAUACACAAACUAUCUAGCGAAACAUUAAGUUAUAUUAAAUAAAGUGUAGGAUAGUGGAAUAAAUUAUAAAUUAAUAUUUGGGUUAAAAAAUACAUUUGA